AUUUUGCCGAUUAACUAAUGUAUUUGUGUAUUGUAUUUGCAGAGGGACGAGUGGAGGUGAGCAGAGAAAAUAAAUAUCUUAGUACUAUGACCUCCGGAAAAGUGUUCGGAGAGUUGGCUAUUUUAUACAACUGCAAGCGUACUGCCACUAUUAAAGCUGCUACGGACUGUAAGCUAUGGGCGAUCGAACGACAAUGCUUCCAAACAAUUAUGAUGAGGACUGGUCUCAUAAGGCAAACGGAAUAUACCGAUUUCCUCAAGAGCGUUCCAAUAUUCAAAGACCUGCCAGAAGAAACACUUAUAAAGAUUUCGGACGUUUUGGAAGAGACGUUUUACAAUGCUGGAGACUAUAUAAUCAGACAAGGUGCCCGGGGAGACACGUUCUUCAUAAUCAACAAAGGAAAGGUUAAAGUCACCAUAAAACAAUCGAACAACGCUGAAGACAAGUACAUCAGAACCCUGCAAAAGGGUGACUUUUUCGGCGAAAAAGCGUUACAAGGCGAUGACUUGCGUACCGCGAACAUAAUCGCAUGCGACCCCGACGGCGUAUCGUGUUUGGUCAUAGACCGGGAGACAUUCAACCAACUGAUUGCCGGACUAGACGAGAUACGCACAAGAUACAAAGACGACGAUGUCUUGGGACGAAUGAGCUCUACAAACAAGGAAUUCCAAAACCUAAAACUUUCCGACCUACAAGUCUUAGCCACUUUGGGCGUGGGUGGUUUCGGUCGUGUGGAACUCGUCCAAGUAAACAGCGACACAUCUAGAUCGUUUGCCCUAAAACAAAUGAAAAAGAGUCAAAUUGUUGAAACGAGACAACAACAGCACAUCAUGUCAGAAAAAGAGAUCAUGGGAGAAGCCAACUGUGAAUUCAUUGUUAAGUUAUUCAAGACGUUCAAAGACCAAAAAUACUUGUAUAUGCUCAUGGAGUCUUGUCUUGGUGGAGAAUUGUGGACUAUACUGAGAGACAAAGGACAUUUUGAUGAUUCUACCACACGUUUCUACACCGGAUGUGUUGUUGAAGCAUUCGACUACUUACAUUCUCGCAACAUAAUUUAUAGAGAUCUGAAACCUGAAAAUCUACUUUUAGAUAUCACUGGUUAUGUGAAAUUGGUCGAUUUUGGUUUUGCUAAAAAACUACAUAACGGAAGAAAAACCUGGACAUUCUGUGGAACACCAGAAUAUGUUGCCCCUGAAGUGAUUCUCAACAGAGGUCAUGAUAUUAGUGCUGAUUACUGGUCCUUGGGAGUACUUAUGUUUGAACUACUUACCGGUACACCACCAUUCACUGGAGCAGAUCCUAUGAAAACUUAUAACAUAAUUCUAAAAGGCAUUGAUGCAAUAGAAUUUCCAAGAAAUAUAACAAGAAAUGCUAGAGUUUUAAUUAAGAAAUUAUGCAGAGAUAAUCCUGCUGAACGGCUAACUGAAGUACAAAAACACAAGUGGUUUGAUGGUUUCAAUUGGGAAGGACUACGUAAUCGAACCCUAACUCCUCCUAUCUUGCCAAAGGUGCGAAGUGCUAUAGAUACAAGCAAUUUUGACAAUUAUCCGCCUGACGCAGACAGCCCACCACCAGAUGAUAAUUCAGGAUGGGAUGUAAAUUUCUAAUAUGUAAAAAACAAUGAUUAUUGUUUGUCCGCCUCAACGAUUUUACUCUAUGGUUUCAAAUUACCCAUGUUUUACAUUCUAGUUAUGUCUUACAAAUUAAUUUAGUCUUGUUAAUUAUUCAGUGUACUACCAUAUGAAAAUAAUAAGUGUUAGAUUAUUUGAUAUUAUAUUUCAAUUUUUGUUAACCAUACCAUUUAAAUUUUGUUUUUAUAUAAAUAAAAUAUUUGUUAUACCCCUCCCCCCACCCUCUGGUAGAUAUCCAUAAUUAUCUACAUUUACGAAUUUAAUAUACAAUAAGUGCCUUUCAAUUUUCUGAACACAUAUUAUGGCAGAAUAUACAACUGUCAUUUAUUAAUUUAUUAUAGUUAAGAUUGCGCGAGUUUUAUUUUUUUCCAAUUAAGUAAAAGUGUAUGUUGGUUAUUACUUUUCUUCUUGUAUAGUUUGAUUAUUGAUUUAUGUGUUUUAGUAUUUAUAAAUAAUUUUUCUAUGGAAAAGUUGUCCAGAUAUAAAAAUUAUACAUUAAAAUAUUAUGUUAUAACAUAGUAAGAUCACAAUAACUAUGAAUUAUUUUUUAUGAUUGUUAUUAUUGUUGCUCUCUGAAUAGUCCUUAUCCAGUGAGUCCCUUGACUUUAUAUAUAUAUAUUAUAUAUACACUUAUAUAUUUUUUAAUUAAUAAAAAUUAUUUUACACA